GGGAGCCUUGUCGUGCCUGCUGCCGUGGGCCUCUCGAGACACAAGCUCCGCUGCUCGACCCAAGCAACCCACGAUCACACAUCCGCCAGUCUGCACUCCUGCCUACAUACACCCUGACUGCGCUGCCCCGACACAACUGCAGUCCUCCCCACAGACACACAAUCGCGCCCAUCUCGUCGUGUUGCAAACAUGGCCUCAGGUUACGACAGAGCGCUCUCAGUCUUCAGUCCCGACGGACACGUCUUCCAGGUCGAAUAUGCCGGCGAGGCUGUCAAGCGAGGAACCUGCGCCGUCGGGGUCAAGGGCAAGGACCUCGUCGUCCUCGGCUGCGAGAAGAAGUCGGCGAUGAAGCUUCAGGACACCCGCAUCACCCCCUCCAAGAUCGGCCUCGUCGACACACACGUCUGCCUGGCGUUUGCCGGCCUCAACGCCGACGCCCGCAUCCUUAUUGACAAGGCCCGCCUCGAGGCCCAGUCCCACCGCCUCACAGUCGAAGACCCCGUCUCGAUCGAGUACAUUACCAAAUACGUCGCCGGCGUGCAGCAGCGGUACACGCAGAGCGGAGGUGUCCGGCCGUUUGGCAUCAGCACAUUGAUUGUCGGCUUCGACAAGGGCAGCGAUGUUCCCCGGCUAUACCAGACAGAACCCAGUGGCAUUUACUCGGCGUGGAAAGCGAAUGCCAUUGGCCGGUCCAGCAAGACUGUACGAGAGUUCCUCGAGAGAAAUUACAAGGACGAUGCGAACCGCGAAGAUACAAUCCGGUUAGCCAUCAAGUCGCUGCUCGAGGUUGUACAGACGGGCGCCAAGAAUAUUGAGAUUGCAAUCAUGGCCCCUGGCAAGCUGAUCGAGAUGCUGCCAGUCGAGGAUAUUGAGAACUACGUCAAGAACAUUGAGCAGGAGAAGCAAGAGGAGGCCGCCAAGAAGAAGACGGGCCGAACACCAGGCACCGGCAGUGCCGCGAUCCGCCCGCGGGAAGGCGAGGACGCGUAGGGGUCUGACGGGUAGGACGGCGUGCGAGCCCGAGACUCUGGCCUUGCCGAAAGAAUAGAAGAACGUCCAUGGCACAUUGCGUGCGAUUCUGGUGAUUAUGUAUCUUGCUGUGCCUUGUCGUCUGUCGCCAGAUGAUAAAGUCAUGGUAUCAUUAAAAACAACUCGGCCGUCGUUUGCCGCCUGGUAUUUAUCUGCUCUGCUGACCGACGCCUGCUUCCUCCUUGGCCUCCCUAUGGGACUCUGGCCAGUUGUGAAUGCCAGUACCCGAUUGGUCCCUCCUUUGACGCACU